UAGCAGAACUAUGGGGAGUCAGCUAGAUUUUAUCUAAACAUCUGAGAAGAAAGAAAAAAAAAAAAAACGAAGCUGACAAAGCAACAUCCAUGUCCCCACAAAUCAAAGGCUUAACUAGUAUAUAUAUAGCCCUUCCACCCCAAACACCAAAAUCACCAAUUGCACUAAGAAAUUAUUAAUUCAGCUACUACUAAGUACAAACAUUUGCGGGCUCUCUUUAUUUUGCAAGGAGUAAAAUACAGUUAAUCAAUAUAAAAAAAAAAAUGAGCUGGUCUGGAGGAGAUUGGAUGUGUGCAGCAUGCCAACACCAGAACUUUAAAAAGAGAGAAGCAUGCCAACGCUGCGGGUACCCCAAGUACGGUGGCCCUGAUGUAUCGACUUACUUAUACAACCGGACCGAAGUUAUGGCCGGUGACUGGUAUUGCACUGCCAUCAGCUGUGGAGCUCACAACUACGCUAGCAGAACAAACUGUUAUCGAUGCGGUACCGUGAAAAACGAUUAUGGUGGUUAUAGUAUGAUGGGUUCUGAGACCAGUGUUCCCCCUGGUUGGAAAACUGGCGAUUGGAUGUGCACUAGAUAUGGGUGUGGAGUUCACAACUAUGCUAGCAGGCUGGAGUGCUUCAAGUGCAAGACACCAAGGGAUUUUGGGGAUGCCUAGGAGGAAUUUAUGAAAAGAACAUUGCCUGCAGUUUUUGUUCAACUUGGAGUGGAAUAACGUUUAGGGUGAGCAAAGGGUGAAGGUUUUUUUUUCCAAGCAUAGCCAUGUAACUCAACAUUAAUCACUCAGAAGAAGCUUCGAAAUAUCUUCCAUUAACUCUUUUUUUCUUCUUCUUCUUCUUUUUGUUCAUGAAAAUUUGAAUGGAAAUACUUUGUUUCAAGUGCA